CCCACUCCUAGAAAAUUUCAAACCGCCAAAAAAAUCCGUCACCAAUCAUCAUUAGGCUGUGUUUGAUCGUGUCGGUUUGCCUUCUGUCAGCUCCGAUUUCAACAUCGAUCUCAAGAAGGCCACCUCAAGGAAACCGCCGAAGUCAUUGCCAAUCAUAACUUCCUCCGAGGAACAUUUCCUACGCCUAAAGUUACCAUUGUAGUCGCUAUGGCCGAGUCGUCGUUGCAGGACCGCCUGCGCGACCAUGCUAAGGCAUUUGACGGUCUGCUAUCGCUUAUCCCAGCCAAGAUGUACUAUGGAGAAGACAGUGGUGAUCAAUGGCAGAAGAAAAAGCAGUCGAAAGCACAAGCGAAAGAAGCGCGGCGAAACAAGCUCGACCCCGAUAGCGAACUCAACCGCAACGUCAAGGAGGUCAUGGAUGAGCAGGAGGGAAGGAAGCGAAAGCGCGAGCAGCGCAUUGAAGAUGGCGAGGAUGAACCGUGGUCCGACGUCGAAGGCAUCGAGGCCGAGAAGCCAGGUCAAGGCCUCAAAAAGAAACAGAAAUUGGUCGAGGUGGUGCCAGAGAUGACGGAGGAGGAGAAGCGGAAAGAGGAGAAGAAGGCAGCCAGAAAGGAGCGAAAGGCCGAAAGGAAAGAGUUAAGAGAGGAGGAAGCAGCUUACGCGAAACGAAACGUCAAGUCCGGAGUCAACAAGGUCAAGUUGGGUCCCAGAGAAAUAAAGCCAGCGACCUCGACCGCGAGCAAACAUUCGCAGUCAUACGCCACAGAUGAGACAAAGGAAUCAGUUGAGGAUGAGCCUGAGGCUGACGAACCCUCCGAUGUCAAUGAACUCGAUAUAUCUGGUCUGGCCGCUAACGACGACGGUGAUGAUGCGCCUGGCUCCGACUCUGAGUCUCCGUCUGAACCCGCCUCUCCCGUAUUUGACCCUAAUGGUACGCCGGCAGACUCCACAGGUCAGGCCGAGAGCUCGACCACAUCUAUCUCAUCAACGACACCUGCGUCUGACAACGCAAAGCCUGCCAAAAAGUCAGCAGCCGAUACCGAAGCUCUACGCGAACGCCUCGCUGCCAAGAUCAAAGCGCUCCGCGAGGCUCGCAAGGCCGACGGGCCUGAUGGUAAACCCAUACGCACACGUCAAGAACUCAUUGAGUCGCGCCGACAAAAGCAAGCCGAGCGAAAAGCACACAAAAGGGAGCAGCGUGAAAGAGCCAAGGAAGAGGAGGACCAGAGGCGUGAGGAAGCACUUGCAUCAGCCCGAAACUCCCCGCUCAGUAUCCUCAGUCCAUCCGUCGAUUCACCCGACAACAAUUUCGCGUUCGGCCGCGUCGCCUUCGGCGAUGGUACUCAACUAGCACACGAUCUCUCCCACGUCCUGAGCAGCGGGAAGAAGAAGGGCCCCUCAGAUCCCAAAACCGCUCUCCAGAAACUGCAGAACGAGAAAAAGCGACUCGAGCAGAUGGGCGAUGAGAAACGCAAGGACAUUGAGGAGAAGGAAACCUGGCUCGUAGCAAGGAAGCGCGCAGAAGGCGAAAAGAUCCGAGAUGACGAGAAGCUGCUCAAGAAGGCCCUGAAGCGAAAGGAAGGCGCCAAGAAGAAGAGCGAGAAGGCGUGGGCGGAAAGGGCCGAAGGCGUGCAAAAGAGCAUACACCAGCGCCAGAAGAAACGCGAGACAAACAUCAAGCAGCGAAAGGAGCAGAAGCUGUCGGGCAAGGCUGGCAAGAAGAAGAAGCCAGCCGGCAAGAAGGGAAAAGGCCGCGCUGGAUUUGAAGGUUCAUUCAGUGUGGGCGGCAAGGGGAAAUAAACUCGUGGAUGUAAUGGCUGUUUGGCAUGGGUUCAAGCGCCGGUGGGUGAACAAAAACUUCUGCUAUGUAGGCAUAACUGUCGACGCUUAGAACCAAGAGUUCUAUACUAGCAGAUCGUAGAGAAUGGAGUCCUGGAUUCCCAGGAACCCCCUUGUAUGUAGAUACUCAUCCAUGCCUAUCCAUCAUUUUAGCGGGCGUAAUAUGAUUUCUACUUGACAACAA